CAUCACAUCGAGAACCUAGACCUCUUCUUCUCUCGAGUCUAUAACCUGCAUCAGAAGAAUGGCUUCACUUGCAUGCUCAUUGGAGAGAUCUUCGAGCUCAUGCAGUUCAUCUUCGUGGUGGCAUUCACCACCUUUCUUAUCAGCUGUGUUGAUUAUGACAUCCUCUUUGCCAACAAAGCAUUAAAUCACAGCCAGCAUCCCAGUGAGCUCAUUAAGGUGACUCUGCCAGAUGCCUUCCUGCCUCCAAAUGUCUGCAGUGCAAGAAUCCAGGCAAACAGCUUCCUCAUCUGCAUCCUGGUGAUAGCUGGGGUUUUCUGGAUCCACCGACUUGUCAAAUUUAUCUACAACAUUUGCUGCUACUGGGAGAUUCACUCUUUCUACAUCAAUGCCCUGAAAAUCCCCAUGUCCACCCUGCCCUACUAUACCUGGCAGGAGGUGCAGGCCCGCAUCGUGCAGAUCCAGAAGGAGCACCAGAUCUGCAUCCACAAGAAGGAGCUGACAGAGCUGGACAUCUAUCACCGCAUCCUCCGCUUCAAGAACUAUAUGGUGGCCAUGGUGAACAAGUCGCUGCUGCCCAUUCGCUUCCGCCUGCCCCUGCUGGGAGACACUGUCUUCUACACACGUGGGCUCAAGUACAACUUUGAGCUCAUCUUCUUCUGGGGGCCUGGCUCCCUCUUCGAGAAUGAGUGGAGCCUGAAGGCUGAGUACAAGCGGGCUGGGAACCGCCUGGAGCUGGCUGAGAAGCUCAGCACUCGCAUCCUCUGGAUUGGCAUUGCUAACUUCCUCCUCUGCCCCCUCAUCCUCAUCUGGCAGAUCCUCUACGCUUUCUUCAGCUACACAGAGAUCCUGAAGCGGGAGCCGGGCAGCCUGGGUGCCCGAUGCUGGUCUCUCUAUGGGCGCUGUUACCUCCGUCACUUCAACGAGCUGGAUCAUGAACUGCACUCACGUCUCAGCAAGGGGUACAAGCCAGCUUCCAAGUACAUGAACUGUUUUAUCUCCCCACUUCUCACCAUCGUGGCCAAGAACGUGGCUUUCUUUGCUGGCUCCAUCCUGGCUGUGCUCAUCGCUCUUACCAUUUAUGAUGAGGAUGUGCUGGCAGUCGAGCAUGUCCUGACCACAGUCACCCUGCUCGGGGUGGGCAUCACAGUGUGCAGGUCUUUCAUCCCUGACCAGCACCUGGUGUUUUGUCCAGAGCAGCUGCUGCGAGUCAUCUUGGCACACAUACACUACAUGCCUGACCACUGGCAGGGCAACGCCCACCGCUAUGAGACCAGGGAUGAGUUUGCACAGCUCUUCCAGUACAAAGCGGUCUUCAUCCUGGAGGAGCUCCUGAGUCCCAUCAUUACCCCCCUGAUCCUAAUCAUCUGCCUGCGGCCCAAGUCCUUGGACAUCGUUGACUUCUUCCGCAACUUCACCGUGGAGGUGGUGGGUGUGGGCGACACCUGCUCCUUUGCCCAGAUGGAUGUGCGCCAGCAUGGCCACCCGGCGUGGAUGUCGGCAGGAAAGACAGAGGCCUCCAUUUACCAGCAGGCUGAGGAUGGAAAGACAGAGCUGUCCCUCAUGCACUUCGCCAUCACCAACCCCAAGUGGCAGCCACCCCGCGAGAGCACAGCCUUCAUCGGCUUCCUGAAGGAGCGGGUGCACCGGGACAGCAGUGUGGCGCUGGCUCAGCAGGCUGUGCUCCCUGAAAAUGCCCUCUUCAGCUCCAUCCAGUCCCUGCAGUCAGAGUCAGAGCCUCACAGCCUGAUUGCCAAUGUGAUAGCAGGCUCUUCAGCACUGGGCUUCCACAUGAGCCGGGAUGGACAGGCCUCCCGCCAUCUCUCUGAAGUGGCCUCGGCCCUGCGUUCCUUCUCCCCACUCCAGUCUGCCCAACAGCCUUCCAGCAGCUUCCAGACAGCAGGAAGGGAUGGAGAAGGAGCCCAGCCUCGUGGCACCAGUGCCAUGACAGCCUCUGGUGCCGAUGCGAGGACCGUGAGCUCUGGCAGUAGCGCCUGGGAGGGUCAGCUGCAGAGCAUGAUCCUGUCGGAGUACGCCUCCACUGAGAUGAGUCUUCACGCACUCUACAUGCAUGAGCUGCACAAGCAGCAUGCCCAGCUGGAGCCUGAGCGACACACUUGGCACCGACGGGAGAGCGAUGAGAGCGGGGAGAGUGCCCAUGAGGAGCUGGAUGCUCAGCGGGGUGGCCCUGUCCCCAUUCCUCGCUCUGCCAGCUACCCCUUCUCCUCGCCACGGCAGCCUGCGGAGGAGACAGCCACACUGCAGACUGGCUUCCAGCGGCGAUAUGGUGGUAUCACAGACCCAGGCACAGUGCACAGAGCCCCAUCACACUUCUCCCGCCUCCCUCUGGGAGGAUGGGCUGAGGAUGGGCAGUCAGCAAGACACCCAGAGCCCGUGCCAGAGGAGAGCUCGGAGGAUGAGCUUCCGCCACAGAUCCACAAG